UUUUCACAUGAUGUCAAACAAACCCGGAGCCGUUGGAAAAUUUGACGGCAACCGUAGCGAGCCAGGAAAAUUUGAGCGGCUCCGGCUUCCAAUAUGUGUUGUAUAUCCGUGCACUUUGACCUGGGCUCAUCUAGAAAAAUUUAAUACUUAAUUCAUCAAUAUUUAAUAUUCGCUAUCUAUCAAGAGACAUCUACCGCUCUAGUACAUUUAAUACUCGGAGAUAUGGCGGACCCUAACGUCAACACCGCCCCGGAGUCCGAACAGAGGAGAACGGGUAGUAUACAGAGCGGCCACUCUAACUCGUCAACACUAUCGCCAAAGAACUCGAUCAUAUCGAAAGCAUGGAGUCAUAUGCUAGAACCAAUUCGUCCUUCGGAAUUUGCCGAGCUUGAACUUCUCAUUCUAACCUUCUGCACCGGCAUCCAAGACGCCAUCUCCUUCCCCGACUACCACUGCUUCGCCUCGAACCAAACCGGCAACACCGUAUUCCUAAUGCUAGCCGCUCUCCUCCCGCAUUUGAACGGAGAAAUGUUCAUCCUAGCCAACAUCGCCUCAGCACUAGGUUUCUUCCUACUAGGCGCCUAUAUCACGGGGCAAGUCGGCCAUUUCAUAGGCCCCAGACGGCGUAUCUGGCUUUUCAGUUGCAAUUUUAUCCAGUCCUGUCUUGUGUUCGGCGCCGCGGGUAUGCAAUACGUACACGGUGCCGGACUGAGAGGAGGGGAUGCGGUAAUUGUGGUCGGGUUACUUGCGUUUGCGUCGGGUAGCCAGGUUGUGCAGAGUAGAGCGUUUAAGAUGACGGAGAUUAGUACUGCGAUGGCGACGGCGGCUUGGGUGGAUUUGGUUAUUGAUCCGAAUUUGUUGAAGAUGGAUAAUCGGCCACGGACUAGACGCGCGUUGUUUCUAGGCACGUUGAUUGUGGGCUCGCUGGCUGGUGCGGGCAUUUAUCGUGCUGCUGGGUCUUGGGUUGCCAUUCUUGUGUCGGCGGCCGGGAAGAUGGUUGUUACGGGGAUGUAUUUGUUUAAUAGCGCGGAGAAGCCGAAGAAGACUGAAGGACAGGAUGCUUGUUAGGUAGUGUAAUGUGGCUCUGAUUUACGUUGGUUAUAGAAAUGCGAGCAAGCGAGCGAAUGAAUAGAUUUAGAUUGGAGUAGAUUUAAUUCGGC